AAUGGGUGGGGUUCCACUUGAUCAAAGGCCUACGCUUUGGUACACCACCUGACAAUUUCUCCUGAAGACCUGGGGAGUGGAGUCAGUGUGUUUAGGAAGAGGGGGAAAAAAAAACCAAAAAACCCUGAAAUCAUUUUCUGAGUCAGCUCUCUAGAAAACGGCCCUGCAUAGAACUUCUAAAGGUGAAACUGGAAAGACAAACUGGAGAAAUGGACCUGAAAUCCAAUAUGCAAGAAAGCGACUGGUUCCAGAUGAGGCGGAGCAGAAGGGCUGCUGACGCGUGUCUAGACCUGAACAGCUACGGAUUAACAGCAGUGGAUGCGAAGGAAGCUGCUUCGCUUCUGCCUCUCCUCUCAGACUUGGAAGAAUUGGACGUUUCCUGGAACGACUUUGUCAGCGGAACCCUCCACUCGUUCACUCAGCAAACGCAUCCUGUCAGGAAGUUAAAAGUCCUGAGGCUAAGUAGCUGCAGACUUACCACUGAGGACCUUCAAACACUAGGAGGCGCUCUUGAGAUGAUUCCUGACCUGGAAGAACUGAGUUUGUCCUGGAACAGCCAAGUGGGAGGAAAGUUGCCUCAGGUUCUCCACACAUUCCAACAAGGGAGCAAGAUCCGAACACUUGAACUUGUGGACUGUGCCCUCACGCCACAGGAUGGAGAGUUUGUGGGUCACUUGCUACCUAAGCUUCAGAGCCUCGAAGUAUUUGACCUUUCCAACAACAGAAAUAUUGGCAGCAGUCUAGACAUCAUAGCAGAAGGAUUAAAAAGUACUUCAGGCCUGAAGAUAUUGAAGUUGCAUUCCUGUGGAUUAUCCCCGAAGAGUGUCAGAAUAUUGGAUGGCGCCUUUGCAUCCUUGGAUGUGCUGAGGAUACUGGACCUCUCCUGCAACAAGGAACUGGGUAGAGGCUUUGAGGAGGUGCCUGCUCGGCUGGCUUUACUGAAGCAGCUGGAAGUCCUAGACCUUCACCAGUGCUCGCUGACAGCCGAAGACGUGACGUCACUGACUCAGAUUGUCCCUUUACUCUCCAACCUGGAAGAACUGGAUUUGUCGUCCAACAGAGCCUUGGGCGGCUCCUCGGAGAGCCUACUGAGCAGACUCCGGUUUUUACCAUCACUCAAGUCCUUGCUGAUUAACAGUUGUGUUUUACAGCGUGAGAGCUUCACAGCCCUUGCGGAAGCCUCUGUGUACCUCCCUGCCCUGGAGAUACUCGACCUUUCCUGGAAUAAGUGUGUUGGUGGGAACCUGGAGCUGCUUCAACAAACACUACAUUUAUCAAGGUCCCUUCGAGAGCUGCGACUGAGCAGCUGCUCCCUGGUGACGGAGGACGUGGCUCUCCUGGCCUCAGUCAUGCAGACAGGGCAUUUGGCCACGCUGCAGAAGCUUGACCUGAGCUACAAUGACGGUAUCUGUGAUGCAGGAUGGGCCCUCUUCUGCCAAAACCUCUGCCGUCUUACAGAGCUCACUGAACUAGACCUUAGCCUUCGGCCCUCAAGCUCCCAAGAGUGUGGGCAGUGGUUUAGGCACUUGCUAUGUGCUGUAACCCAACUUCCUGUGAUCACCGGGAUAGAGAUGAGAAGAUGGGUCAUCCCAGCCCUCCAGGAAAAAGAACUAGACUGCUUUAUCCAGGACUGCAGAAGGGACAUCCGGUUUGACCACGGUGGGUUUCAGUGAGCUGCUUCAUAAGCAAUGAACAACCCCAGAGGAGGAGAAGAAUGCGAACAGAUCCUACCAUGAGCUGUGCUCAGCGUGUGGCUGUUUAGUAGCUUGUAUAGGGUAAGAUGUUUGUAACUAUAUCUAUACGACAAUGCUUGUCAACCUAGGGUCACGACCCCUUGGGAGGGUCAAAUGACCCUCUCACAGGGGUCACAUAUCACACAUUCCUGCAUAUCGGAUAUACACACUAUGAUUCACAACAGUAGAGGAAUUAUAGUUACAAAGUAGCAGCAAAAUAAUUUUAUGGUUGAGGGGUUCACCGCAACAUGAGGAACCCGGGUUAAAGGGUCAAAGCACUGAGGAAUUUGAGAACCACUGGCAUAUGAUAACCAAAUAUGGAGCUGGAAAGAUAGCUCAGGUUAGAAGUGCUUGCCACAUCAGCGUGAGAACCGGAAUCUGAUCUAAGUAGCACACAUAAAACACAAAGAGUGAUGGUGUGCUUUGAAUCACAAUGCAGUGGAGGCACAGACAGGCAGAUCCCUGAGGUGCCCCAGCUAGCUCGACUGUCAGUGAGUUCCAGGCUAAUGAAAGACCACGCCUCAGAAACCAGCUGGGUAGUGCGCUAGAGAAAGAA